UUGCAGACAAGAAGCAAGCACAAUGAAAACUGGACUAGCUUUUAAGAGUAAGCUGUUUGUAAUUCUCUUGCUAGCUCCAAUUGGUAUUAUCUAUGGACAACUGUUCACUUUGCAAGUGCCUAAUAAGUGUCAAGAUGUUUGCCCCACCAGAUAUCGUGUGGUUUGUGCUCUGCACGACGGCUGCCUGCGAACAUUUGCCAGCAGCUGUGUGAUGCGUAUAUACAACUGCAAGUACCAGAAGGAUUAUCGCAUCAUAUCUCAAAGAGCCUGUGAGUUUAUCAGCAAUGAAGAGCUCCAAAAGUUGGAACUCUAGCGGUGAAAGGGCAGCAACAGCAUUAGAAACAGACGCUAGAUGGCGCCACAGCCCAUGCGCAUGCGCAUGCAUCGCAUUAAAUUUCGCUUGGUGUUUGUGGGGCACACAAGUCGCCAGGAUAUACAUAUAGAUAUAUGCUGUCACUGCUGUUGCUGCUGUUUUUAUGUGUAACUCUCUCUCUGGCUAAACUGUUGUAUCGUCACGCCACAACUAAAUAAGCGAUAAUUCAAUUUUAAACGCAAUUUUUGCCCUGUUUUAAAAUACAUAUUUCAAUUGUGCGCUACUCUUUUUUCGUGCUCCAAAUUUA